CGCACCACCACCAAGAGAUGAUGUGUCGCACAUCGCUACAUGCUCGCUCCGAGAAGCUUUGACUCUCUCCAGCUCAACAUGGCUGCGUUCUACGAGUCGCAACUUGUCAUUUUCGUAGCGGCCUCCGUAGUCUUCUUCGUGGUAGAGAAGAACUUCCUGCGCAAGACUUCGUCUCAGGGUAACUCCGCGGAGCGCAAUGCACCGCCGUCUGUGGUUUCGGGACUAUCCAAGCGAUAUCUGUUUGUCUAUACCAUCAUCAUGGGCGCGGACUGGUUGCAAGGGCCUUACAUCUACUCCGUUUACCGAGAGCAACAUGGGCUGCCUGAACGUUUAGUUGCCCUCCUAUUUGUUCUCGGAUUCCUGACUGCGGGUGUGGCAGCUCCCUUUGUUGGUGUCUGGGCCGAUCAAUACGGUCGCAAACGAACUUGCAUGCUGUUUUGCUUGACCUACAGUGCCACAUGCACGCUGAUCCAGUUCGAUGCCCUACCUCUCCUGUUCGCCGGACGUCUAUUGGGAGGCUUCUCGACCGCCAUCCUGCUUUCUGUUCCCGAAUCUUGGCUAGUUGCCUCUGCAAACAGCCUGUCCUUGUCAUCCCGAGACUUAUCGACAAUUCUCGGGCGUGCGACCCUUGCGAGCAGCGUCACGGCUACUGUGGCUGGCGUAGCUAGCAACAAGCUGGUCGAACGCACCGCGCUGUUCUCUUCGACAUUCAUCGCUAGCGGAGCCUUGCUACUACUCGGCUUGGUCUCGAUAGGCAUGAUAUGGUCGGAGAAUCGCGGCGCAGUUACAUCCGAAAGCACGGAGGUUCUCGAUUGGAAACGUGUAAGCGAAGCAUGGGGGAUCGUCCGUGCCGACAAACGAUUGCUGGUUCUGGGACUGACGCAGACUAUCUUCGAAGGGUCGUUGUACCUAUUUGUCUUCCUCUGGGUUCCCUUCCUGCAAGGAUCCAAGCCAAGUACCGGUACUCGCACCCACGCUCUACCACUCGGCUACAUCUUCUCUUGUUUCAUGAUAUCCAUGACACUCGGUUCGAUCAUCUACACCUCCAUCAUCUCGUUAUCCCGCCUUGAUUCUUCGGCUUCCUUCAAUGACGCCGGCCCAUCUGCAUCACUGUCCGACAGCGUGGCGCCCGAAAGCGAAGUCCAUCAUCCCACCACUGACAACCAUAACGAUGAUCGAUCUUCCGCGACUUCUGCCCGGCGUUCCCGUAGUGAUUCCUCGCAUUCCGCGCACGACCGCACGAUCACCCUGCACGCGAAGCUGAGCUCGGCGGUUUGCGCGGCGAGCGCGCUCGCGCUCCUCGUGAGCGUGGUGGACGUGCGUGAGCAUGAACGAUUCUGGGCAUUUUGCACCUUCGAGGCCUGUGCCGGGAUAUACUAUCCUGUGCAGGGCAUGCUUCGCGGGAGACUCAUUUCCGACGAGCAUCGAGCGACGAUGUCGUCCCUGUUCCGCGUACCGUUGAACAUCUUCGUUACCGUCUCACUGCUGACAGGAGUGUCGUCGGCGAGAAGGUUCGUACUCUCUGCAUGUGCAGGACUGCUUCUUUGUUCCGCGGUCGUUACCGCCACAGUGCUUGUUCGGAGCACCCGAGGCGUUCCACUUGCAAGUCUUCGCGCAAGCUGACUACCAUUGGCCAUAUGGAUCACGAGAUUCCCGUGUUGCCCGAUAUGUCGUCGGGAAGAGCACAUUGAUGAUUCCUACAUAAUGCAAAUGACACGUCUGCCUCGUUGCUCGUCUCACUACGUGGCUAUGUAGCUUCAAUACUCGUUCUUAACAGCUGCUUUCUCUGCUAUUUGUUGC